AUGGCGGACACGAACGAGAAAAGAGAUGCGGGAGGUCUAGACGCCCCCGCAUACGAGAGUGGAGGGAAAGACCCACUUUUUACCACGGCAGCUGUAGAACUCGACGCCAACCAGGUUGAGACGGAUCUGAACAUCACAGGAGAUGACCUGGCCAUUGCGGAAGAGUACGCCAGGACGCUUAGCCUGGAAGACGUGCGAAAGAUCUUCGAACAAGUCGUCAAAAUCCACGAGAACGACCAAAACUUCCCCGUCGCCGUACUGGAGAAAAUGAAGGAGUUCCUCGGCAACGACGACAUCUUCUCAAACCCCGAUGCGCAUGAGAAGCUUAUCCACGAGAUGAAGGUCGAGGCUGCUCUGAUCUACAACAACAGUCCUUACGCCGAGGUCCGCGCUGUUGUGGACAAUACGGAUGAUACGUCCGUGCCUAGCUCUACAAUCCGGUCCUGGACUAUCGGCAUCUUCUUCGUCAUUGCAGGCGCGUUUGUGAACCAGUUGUUCAGCAUUCGUCAACCUACCAUCAACAUUGAAGCAAAUGUUGCUCAACUGCUUGCUUUCCCACUGGGUAAGGCUUGGGAAAGGUUCCUGCCUGAUUGGCGCUUUCGAGUUUUCGGCAACGAACUCAGCCUCAACCCCGGCCGUUUUUCCAAGAAGGAGCACAUGCUUAUCACCAUCAUGGCAAACGUUGGUUUCAAUGUGCCCUACACCAACUACGUCAUCUGGAGUCAAUACCUGCCCAGGUUCUUCAAUCAAAGCUACGCAGGCAAUUUCCUAUACCAGAUCCUCAUUGCAUUGGGCACCAACUACAUCGGAUACGGUGUCGCAGGAAUUUGCAGGCGCUUCCUGGUGUACCCGGCGCAUUGCGUGUGGCCAUCUUCUCUGGUCACUAUUGCUUUGAACGCGUCUUUCCAUGAUGAGAAGAACAUGCCCGUCACGGGUCCAUUCAGGCGAGUGUUUGCAGCCUCCCGCCUGAGGUGCUUUCUCUUCUGUUUCGCCGGCAUGUUCUGCUACUUCUGGUUCCCCAACUACAUCUUCCAAGCGCUGAGCUACUUCAACUGGAUGUCCUGGAUUGCGCCCGAUAACCUCAACCUCAACACUGUUACCGGCAUGGUCAACGGCCUCGGCAUCAACCCCAUCCCGACUUUUGACUGGAAUACGCUCCUAUUCAUCGAGGGCAACUCUCCGCUGGUCUUGAGCUUCUUCUACUGGGCCAACCAACUGGGUGGAAUGCUCGCAACGGUACCCGUCGUUCUGGGCAUGUGGUACACCAAUAUCUGGAACACGGGAUACUUGCCGAUCAACUCGAACAGAAUCUGGGACAACACGGGCCAGGAGUACAACAUCAGCCGGGCCAUCGAUGAGCGCGGUAUGUUCGAUGCCAGCAAGUACGAGAACUACUCUCCAGCGCUUAUGUCGGCUUCAAGUUUGAUCAAGUAUCUUGCCUUCUUUUCCAUCUACGCAGCCACGAUAUCGUACGCCUAUCUGUGGCAUCGCCAUGAGAUCUGGAUGGGACUGAAGGGCAUGUUCAAACGCGGCGAGAAGACGGCAUACCAGGACGUCCACAACAGAUUGAUGUCAGCCUAUCCGGAGGUAUCCGAGUGGUGGUACCUUGCGGUACUGCUGUUCGCUGUCGGAUGCUCAAUCGGCGGAGUGGCUGGAUGGGAUACUUAUACAACCGUCGGCGUUGUGUUUUACGGCUUGGCUCUUUGCCUCGUCUUCGUCAUUCCUGUCGGCCUCAUCUUCGCCAUCACCGGCCUGGAGGUAACACUGAACGUGCUCGCCGAGUUCAUUGGCGGAUCCUGGGUUGCUGGAAAUGCUCUGGCUAUGAAUUAUUUCAAGUCUUUCGGAUAUGUCACCUGCGCCCACGCACUUCGCUUCUGCAACGACCUCAAGAUGGCCCACUACGUCAAGAUCCCACCCCGCCACACCUUCUGGGCACAGAUCGUCGGCACCCUCGUCUCGAGCUUCAUCUGCACAGCUGUCAUGAACUUCCAGAUGAACAACAUCGCCGACGUCUGCGAGUCUUACCAGGCCAACCACUUCACCUGCCCAGGCAUCAACACCUUCUUCACCGCUGCCGUUCUCUGGGGCACCAUCGGCCCGAUAAAGGUCUUCGGCAAGGGCGGCCAGUACACCUGGCUUCUGAUCGGGUUCCCAAUAGGCUUCUUCCUGCCCAUCCUCGUUUACUACGCUAGGAAGAAGUGGCCCAAGACGCACUGGCUGCGGUUCAUUCAUCCUGUUUGCAUCUUCAACGGGCCCAUCCAAUGGGCGCCGUACAACGUCAGCUACAUGUGGCCCACCGUGCCAGUGGCGUGGCUCUCGCACGUCUACCUCAAGACGCGGUACACGGCCUUCUGGUCCAAGUACAACUACGUUGUUUCCGCCGCAUUCUCAGCCGCCAUUGCCAUUGCCGCCAUCGUCAUUUUCUUUGCGCUGCAGUGGUCUUCCGUGUCGCUUAACUGGUGGGGCAACAGCGUCUCAUUCCAGGGCUGCGAGGACGAUGCUUGCACGAGGUACACGGUGGCGGAUGGAGAGUACUUUGGGCCUAGGAUUGGGCAGUUUCACUGA